CUCGAGGCUCCUUUUCGGUGCUUUGGUCAAUUCCCAAUUCCCUUGAAAAAUAUUCUCAACUCAAUCUUGCGUUCAAAGCGAAAAAAGUAAAAACGUUCCCCAGUUAUCCUUAAGGGACGAAACUGAAACACUAAUCUUUCAAUUCGUCGGCGUAUACGCCCUUUUGAUGUACGUAUAAAAUACCAAUAUUUCUGAAACCUUUGACACAUGAUAUUGAUGAACCUCUGCCCUGUGCUCUCCACUGAUGUCCCCGUACUCCGUCAUAACGUUUUCAGGGCUGUGAUGGUGUUUCUCAUGUGCUCUUCCCCUCUCCAAUCAAACGUUUUAGCCUUUUAGGCCUACCUAUUUCUCAGGCACCAACCUUUUCUCACUCGGUAUCACUCAACACACUCCCCUUACACACCAUUUCACAUGGCUGACCUAUUUAACGCGAGAAAUUUACCUAUACUGACUACCGUGACAUUCCAAACAAACACAUGGAAUCGCGUUAUUCGUUCAGGAUGCUACUUUGGCGUACUAGCGCAAGCCUCUCUCCUACAUAUAUAUCUAGCUUCUUGUUUUGAGUUUUCACUUUUCACAUGCUCAGAAUCAGACCCAAAAAACAGAGAGCCAUGAACCAAGGGAAGCUCACUGUAGUUGUCAAAGAGCUUACCACAGGCCAUUUUCAUGUCAAAAUCACUAUCAUCCUCUCUGUGUCCAUGCUUUUCUUCAUUUUCUUUUUCGGAAUCUUCGUUAACGAUCACACGAAGAAAUUCCUGAGCUCAGAUCAGAUCGUCCCUCAGCUCAACACAUUCACCCCCCUCUCACCUCGGCCUUCCUACACACAUCAUUUCCAGUGCAACUUUUCUUUGUCCUCUCGCUUACUGCCCAUUAGUAUUUCAAGUCCAGGAGGGUCGACGUUGAAAGAUUACUUAGCGCCCAAGGAUCUAUGGCAUUCCAUGAGUGACGAGGAGCUCUUCUGGCGAGCUUCGAUGGUGCCACAAGUCAUGGAGCACCCGUAUAACCGAACACAAAAGGUGGCGUUUAUGUUCCUAACAAAGGGACGAUUGCCAUUGGCGCCACUUUGGGAAAUAUUUUUCAGAGGACAUGAAGGCUUAUUCUCUGUUUAUCUCCAUUCAAGACCAGACUUUAAGAUCGAGCCACCGGAGUCCUCGGUGUUUUACAAGCGCAGGAUACCAAGCAAGAUAGUUGAGUGGGGAAAGGCAACAAUGGUUGAUGCAGAGAGGCGCCUAUUAGCCAAUGCCUUACUCGAUUUCUCAAACGAGAGAUUCGUUUUGCUCUCUGAAUCAUGCAUACCCCUCUUCAACUUCACUACAAUCUACAAGUACCUCACCAACUCCAACCAAACUUUUGUUGGCUCAUUCGACGAUCCAAGACACAUUGGUCGCGGGCGUUACAACCCGCAAAUGUUUCCAACCGUGACGUUGUCAGACUGGCGGAAGGGCUCGCAAUGGUUUGAAGUUCACCGGAAGCUUGCGGUGGAGGUAGUUUCCGACGUGACAUACUACCCUAAAUUUAAGGACCUUUGCCUGCCUCCUUGCUACACGGAUGAGCACUACAUGGCAACUCUUGUGACUAAAGUUGGCGCUGGCAUGAAUUCUAAUAGGAGCAUUACUUGGGUUGAUUGGUCAAGAGGUGGCUCGCACCCUGCAACUUUUGUGAGGAAAGACGUGACAGAAAAGUUUCUCAAUCGGUUAAGAGAUGGAUUUAAUUGUACUUACAAUGGUGGCGUGGGUUCCAUUUGCCACCUCUUUGCAAGAAAGUUUCAUCCAAGCACAUUGGAGCCAUUGCUAAGAAUCGCUCCACGUCUAUUUGGAUUUAACAACUAAAAUUGCAGAUGUGUGUGAGACCAGUUAGCAGUUGGUCAAAGUAGUAUAUUCAUCACUUUGCAAUUCGAGUUCAAAUCUCUC